UGCACCCACCGCGUCCAUCGCUCCAUUAACGAUGAUUUCGGGGUAUUUGUAUGUAUUGUUGUUUGCAUUCUACAUACAGCACUUGUUAUUUCUUGUUUAUAUGUGACCCUUUUCACUGCUUCUCUCAGAUCUCUCUCCUCUUUUUUGUUGCCCUUAUAGCCUGCUUUCAUCUUUUGCUUUUUGUUUCAAGAACCAAGAAUAACGAGGUCUCUGUUUCUGUGUCUCAUCAUCGUGAGUAGGAAUGGCUGAUAGACACCAGUAUCCAUCUGUUGUGCAAAAGGUGGCUAACCAGGUCUAUCUCAGUUCCAGCCUACCCCAUGAUGUUCAAUGCCGGUAUGGGGGCUUUCAAAGGCCUGUUCUACAUCAGAGGCAGUUUGCAUAUGGAAAUUACUAUAAUGCAGGAUUUCAAUACCCUAAGACACAGGCAUGCCAAGUCUCCCCAGGCCUGUCAUUGGUUGCAUCAACCUCACCACUGCUUGUCCAAGCCCCAUCAGAGAAAGGUUUUGCUGGUUUUGCUAUGGAUUUUCUUAUGGGUGGAGUUUCUGCAGCUGUGUCCAAAACUGCUGCAGCUCCUAUUGAGCGUGUGAAGCUCUUGAUCCAAAACCAAGAUGAGAUGAUCAAGGCUGGUCGACUCUCUGAACCCUAUAAGGGAAUUGGAGAUUGUUUCAGCAGAACAAUGAAAGAUGAGGGAAUUAUGUCAUUGUGGAGAGGGAAUACAGCCAAUGUCAUCCGAUAUUUCCCCACUCAGGCAUUGAACUUCGCAUUCAAAGAUUACUUUAAGAGGCUCUUCAACUUUAGGAAGGACCGUGAUGGCUACUGGAAGUGGUUCGCUGGUAACUUGGCAUCUGGUGGAGCUGCUGGUGCCUCUUCCCUGCUCUUUGUCUACUCUUUGGAUUAUGCUAGAACCCGGCUGGCAAAUGAUGCUAAAGCUGCAAAGAAGGGAGGGGAGAGGCAAUUCAAUGGUUUGAUUGAUGUGUACAGAAAGACUAUGCAAUCAGAUGGUAUUGCAGGUCUUUACCGUGGAUUUAACAUUUCAUGCGUUGGCAUCAUUGUAUACCGUGGUCUGUAUUUUGGAAUGUAUGAUUCUUUGAAGCCAGUAAUCCUGACGGGAAAGCUACAGGAUAGUUUCUUUGCUAGCUUUGCCCUCGGUUGGGUUAUCACCAAUGGUGCUGGUCUUGCCUCAUAUCCUAUUGACACUGUCCGCAGAAGAAUGAUGAUGACAUCAGGUGAAGCUGUCAAGUACAAGAGCUCACUCGAUGCAUUCUCUCAAAUCCUUAAGAAUGAAGGGGCCAAAUCACUUUUCAAGGGUGCUGGUGCAAACAUCCUCCGCGCAAUUGCUGGUGCUGGUGUUCUUGCUGGAUACGACAAGCUUCAGGUGAUUGUGUUUGGAAAGAAGUAUGGUUCUGGCGGUGCCUAAUUAAAAUGGCUGCUCUUCCUUCACCUUACCAAGCCAUAGAUGGUGAUGAGAAUUUUGCAAUUCUUAUUCAAGAAUUUAUUCAGGGUGAUUCUUUAUUCGUUGAAAUAAUGUAGUCUAGACUAGGGGGGUUAAAAUAUGUUGUUGGGUUUUCAGGAUUUUUGUUUCUGUAACAUUUCAUUGAUUUUGAUGGAAAAUUCUUGCUUAAAUCCGAACUUAAGUUCUAGACACAAACACAAAUAAAUAUGUAGAUUUAUAUAUUUAAUUUCAUAUAUUUUGUAUCUUGAGCUCAUAAUAAAUCAAAUCUAAAAAAAAAAAUUUAGAUUUUAAA